AUUCCCUUCCUCUGUAGCUUCGUGAAUACACACACUCUGCAGACAUGGCAGUUUCCGCUACCCCGUUUGUCCCUGAACAGUCGGCGACAACGACCCAACAACCAAUUCUCGACAUAUCAAAGCCCCCGGUUAUAGACGGAUUUACACCUCUAUCGCGACCCAGAGAAGAGACUUUCCAGGAGAAGUUUAUGAGGAAGUCGAAGGAAAACCCGUUCGUCCCUAUAGGUUGUCUCGGUACAGCUGGAGCGUUGAUGUACGGUCUCCGAGCCUUCAAACAAGGCAAGACCCGGCAGUCCCAGCUCCUGAUGAGAGGACGUAUCUUCGCACAAGGCUUCACUGUAGUCGCUAUUAUCUUCGGCGUGUUCGCCACGGCCCUGAAGAAAGACUGAGCAGCAUUAGGGUUGUGUUCAUUUACUGCAAAACUUUUUGCAACGGGGAAGAACAAAAACAAGAAGUUUCUUAUUAGACAAGUUCAGAUAGUCCCACUUUGUUGUUGUGGUGGUG